AUGUCGAAUAGUCUUAAAUCAAAAAUAGAAUCAGCACCAAUUGCACAAGAUGGUCCUUGGGCAUCGGUUGGUGAACAUCCAAAUGCAAUCACAAAUCGUUUUUAUACAUAUGAACGUGUUCAAGAAAUUGUUAAAUUUAUUCAAAUUAUAGUUCCAACUAAACCUGAAAUAGCUAUUAUAUGCGGUUCUGGUCUUGGUGGUUUAGCUGAAUUAAUUGUUAACAAAACUGUUAUUCCUUAUACCGAUAUUCCACAUUUUCCUAAAUCAACAGUUGUUGGUCAUCGAAGUAAUCUUGUAUUUGGAACAUUAAAUGGGCUUAAUGUCGUUUGUAUGCAAGGCCGAUUUCAUCCUUAUGAAGGAUACACUACUGCGACGUGUGCCUUUCCCGUACGAGUAAUGCAUAUGCUUGGAGCACAUACAUUAAUUGUUACCUGUGCUGCGGGUGGUGUUAAUAAAUCUUAUAGUGUUGGUGAUAUAAUGUUAAUCAAAGAUCAUAUAAAUUUUCCCAGUAUGGCUGGUAAUAAUCCACUUAUUGGUCAUAAUGAUGAGCGAUUUGGACCACGUUUUCCACCUGUUGGACAUGCAUAUGAUCGUAAAUAUUCUUUACAAAUGAAACAAAUUGCUAAUAAACAUAAUUUUGAAUUACGUGAAGGAGUUUAUUGUGCAUUAGGUGGGCCUUGUUAUGAAACAAUAGCAGAAAUAAAUUUGCUUAGGUUGCUUGGUGUUGAUGCUGUGGGUAUGUCAAUUGUACAUGAAGUUACAUUGGGAGCUCAUUGUGGUAUGCGUAUGCUUGGUUUGGCUUUAAUAACAAAUAAAUGUUUAUCAGAAUACGAUUCAACAGUUGAAGCUGUUCAUGAAGAUGUUAUUCGUAUAAGUGAAUUAAAAGCAAAUGAAUUACAACAACUUAUACUAGAUUUUAUUGAUGGUAUUAAAGAACAGCAAAUAUAA